AAAUAAGUCUUCAGAUUUGAAGUUUCAAAUUUUGGAUAUAAUUUGGAAAUGUUGGAAAAUGAGAUUUCGAUGGACAUACAGAGUUUAAAGGAGAGGGAAGAGACUCUGAUGCGUGAGAAAGAACAAAGUGAAAUAGAAUUUGGCAAGCAAAGAGCCAAAUUUAUGGAUCUUUUCAAACAAAAAGAAGGUCAUAUGAAUUAAACCUCAUCAAAGAAUCAAACUCCUCACUUGAAAAAAAAAAUGAAGAUUUGGAAUGUGAGAUCAAAAUGUUGAAAGAGAAAAUUGAUGAGAUGAAAAGUGAAAUGACCAUAGCUGAAGUGAACAAAGAUGAUGAAAUCACUCGAAUGCGACAAAAAUUUCACGAAGAAUCUGCAUCAUUUCAGCAUAUUUUAAAAGAAUCGAUCGAGCAGGCUAGACAGAAUGCUACGAUGAAGUUCGAGGAAGAGAAGCUGGAGUGGAUAAAAAAUAAUGACAAAAUCCAACAGGAACUCAAAGAACUAAAAAUGAAAUUAAGUCAUGAAAUUAGUGAAGGCCCGUUAUCAACGAUAGCAAAGACAUUUCAGAAGAAAAUUACUUCUGCAAAGAAAGAAGAAGAACCUGAGAACUUAGAGAACAGCAUGAAGAAGGCCCAAGAGGAUGUGGAAAUGUUGAAAUCAGUGGUGACGCCGUUGGAAGACGAGAUCAACAGUUUGAAGAAACAACUGCAAGAAAAAACGGAGCAACUCGAUCGUUAUUUGUCGCAGAGCACAACAACCACUGAUGCUUCUACGCCAGAUGCUUGUGGUGGUGGCGGUGGUGGUAGUGAUGAGGAAAGUGCAAAAAAUGAGGUUGUUGAAUUAAAGAAGAAUGUGCAUUCAGAGCGUGGAUCGCGUACAGACCUGGAGAUGUACGUCACCGUCCUGAACAUUCAGAAAGAUGUCCUCAAAGCUGAUUACGAUAGAAUCAAAGAACAACUUGAGACUGUGCAGAAGUUACUGAACAUGAACGUCCAGAGGCUGGAGUCUGUACUAACCGACGAGCAGCGAGAGAUGGUUGAAGACCUAAAAGCCAAAGACACGAAUAGAAUAAAGGUGGAGCAGAGGGUUGAGCAUUUGAGGCAGCUGAGAAUUAGAGAAGAGCUCGUGCACUCUUCCAGAAACAAACAAGAAUCAAUGUUGAACGACCUUCAACUUCCUCCAAGGUCACCUAUCGUGACCUCGACCUCAAAGGAACACCAACAGCAACAGCCACGAAAGCACGCAUACUCCAGCAAUCACGAAGAUGUCUUCGCUGACGAUCUAAACACAGUCAUACCUAGUCAGUCCUCCACGCCGUCAUCAUCUUCGCCGUCGCUGCAAUCCUCAUCAGGAGUAAAUAACGGCUAUGACGUCAUUGUCGUUCCGAAUAAUGACGUCACUGAUGACGUUGCUGCUCAUUCCAAACAACAGCAACAACAACAUUCUCAUGCAGGCAACCAUCAAAACAGUAGCAGUAGAGUUGUUAGCGACCUGGAGUGGCAGAAACUACAAAUUGAAGAAUCUGAGAAAAAAUUGAGCGGUCAGGUGAAAACGUUAAUUAAACACCUGGAUGUGGAGAGGCUAUCGCUUAAUAAACAGGGAGGUUACAUCAAAGAGUUAGAAGAUAGUUUGAGAACUGUCGUUGAAAAUUCCGAAAUGAACACACUGAGAAACAAGCUACAUGAGUCAGAGAAUUUCCUCAAGUCUUUCAAAGACAAUUUCGAAAGGAACAAAAUGGAACUCUACGACUGCUUGAAAAAUCUUGUUCAUGAUAGAGAACAAAUUCAAAGAGAGUUGACGAGACUGCAGAAUGAGAAUGACAGUCUGUUGGACAAGCACACAAAAAAGGCUCAAGAAAUGCAAGAGGAGUUUAUUAACUUUCCUAAUAAUCUCGAAGAGAUGCACUUGCUACUCUUGAGGUACAGGGAAGAUCUCAUCACGUGCAAAGUGACGCUGGAGCACAACACAGAGGUGCUCAGGAGCGAGAUUUCGUUCCUGAAGUCUAGGCUGGAAGCCGAGCAACAAGAAAGAAACAAUAUGGAGGAGACAUUGACGCAAGAGUUGAACGCUCACCGCCAACUCUCAUCCGAAUUAGAGAGUGAGAGAGUGAAGAGGAAGGAGGAGGAGAAAUUGAAGGCUGUGGCAGAGGAUCUGAUCGUCAAGAAUGCCAAGACAAUCGAGAACCUACAGUUCGAAGUUAAACAGCUGACAUCUGUGAAGGCCAAAAAUGACAAGUACAUACAAGAGUUGAAAGGUAAGAUCCACUCGCUGCAAGUCGAUCUCGACAACAGUGAAGAUGUCCAGAGGGAUUUCGUCAAACUGUCACAAACGUUGCAGAUUCAGCUGGAAAAGAUAAGAGCGGCGGAAACGGAAGUGAGAUGGCAACAUGAAGAUGACGUCAUUGAGUGCAGCAACUGCAAAGUUCACUUCAACGGUCAUAAUAAGAAAAAAAUCCAUUGCAAGCACUGUGGUCAGAUAUUUUGCGUCGAGUGCCUCUCUAAAACUGUCAACAGCGGUCCUAACAUGAGGCCUAAUAAGGUAUGUGACGUAUGCCACACAAUGCUAGUGAAAGAUGCUACUCCAUACUUCUCUGUUGAACAGUCGCAUACGCUUUCCUGAUUGGUCGAUUGAUUGUGUUGAUUAAUUGAUUGAUUGAUUAAAUGAUUGAUUGAUUGGUUGAUUGUUCGUCAGUCAAAUUAGUUUAAAUAAACUUACUAAAAUAGAUGUUGUCACUUUUGUAUGAAGGCUUGAACGUUACAACUACUCCGUAUUUACGUGUACUUAAAUUUAAUUAUUUUUAAAUUAAUUAUCAUUUAUAUUAUAUCAAUAAUUAUAACAAUAAUUAUAACUGUUAUUAUUACAUUAAAUGUUUAUAUAAUUUACCGUAAGUUUAAUUUUUUUUCCUAGUAAACAUUUGUUGGUUUCUAAAAUUUGCUCAUACGUAUUUCGAAUAUAUACCGCUAAGGUUUAGCAUUUAAUGAAAAUGUCUGUAAAUAAAUAACUAUAAAAAUAUUUAA